CUUCUCCUUGCUGAUAAACCAUAUGUUGGUACUAGUCGGCCUCUUUUACGUUUUGAUGCCUGUUGGGAGGAUAAUCCGGAGGUGAGGGCCAUGGUCAACUAUGUCUGGCAGGAGGAGGUCCAAGGCACCCCUGUGUUUCGACUUUGGGAACGCCUAAAAAAACUCCGUCAUCUGCUAUAUGAUUGGAGUAGGGCGGGCACUACUAACUCCCUGCGUAAUAUCAAGACGCUCCAAGCGGAGAUUGAUAGGAUAAAAUCGAUUCAUCCGGUGGAUUGGGAUGCGAUCAGAACCCUGGAAACGGAGCUCUCCCUGUAGUGGGAUGCGGAGGAAGUAUUCUGGCAGCAAAAAUCCAGGGUUAAAUGGUUAAAAAAAGGAGAUCAAAAUUCUGCCUACUUCCAUACGAUCACAAGGGCUCGGCGGAAGAGGAAUUUCGUUUCUGGGCUUCUUAAUGAGGAGGGUGAAUGGGUCACUGCGGAAACCGGAAAGGCUUCUAUUGUCACCAAUUUUUAGUAGACCUUGUUUACCUCGGAAACACAGGUUCCUAAUAUGGCUGAGAGGGUGGCGACUCUGCCGAUUUCCCAUAGUGUUACUCCGCAAAUGAAUGCUCAGUUGACGGCGGAGGUUUUGCCUGGUGAGGUCCGGAGUACGGUUUUUUCCAUGGGUUCGAAGCAGGCCCCGGGAUCGGAUGGCUUCACUGGUAAGUUCUUUAAAGCUUUCUGGGAUAUUGUGGGCAUUUCAGUGGUUGAGGCAGUAGUUUCCUUCUUUAACUCGAGUCGGAUGCUGCAGAGUUUUAAUCAUACCUGGCUCACGUUGAUCCCUAAAGUGGACUCGAUGGAAACAAUUAGACAAUUGCGGCCGAUUAGUCUUUGCCAGUUUGUUUACAAAGUGAUUACCAAAAUAAUGGCUGAGCGGCUGGCUACCAUGCUCCCUCAGAUCGUUUCGGAAGGACAAAAUGGUUUUAUCAGGGAUCGGCAGAUUAUUGAUAACAUCCUUAUUGGACAUGAACUAAUGCACUAUCUGAAAAUAAAAAGGCAAGGGAAGAAGGGGUACAUGGCUCUGAAGGUUGACAUGGAAAAGGCCUAUGAUAGAGUUGAAUGGCCCUUCCUGCUAGCAGUUUUGGAGAAGAUGGGUUUUAGUUCUGUCUGGCGAGGAUGGAUUCAUGAAUGUCUUCGAUCCUCCUCUUUCUCGGUUCUAAUGAAUGGUACACCCUCGGGAUAUUUCACUGCCUCUAGGGGCCUUCGACAGGGGGAUCCACUCUCUCCUCUCUUGUUUGUGCUCUGCACGGAGGGGUUUGCAGCCCUCCUCCGAAAGGCGAUCACGGAGAAAAAGUUAGAGGGGGUGAAAGUAGCACCUCGUGCUCCAAGAAUCUCGCAUCUGUUCUUCGCGGAUGAUUCUUAUUUAUUUUUGCGUGGUUCUCUACAGGAGUGCAAGAAUUUAAUUGAGUUGUUAAAUGAAUAUGAGGAACUGAGUGGUCAGCGCGUUAAUUUGGAGAAGUCGGCAGUGUGCUUUAGCAAGAAUAUUUCCACGCCUGAUCAGGAAUUCUUAGCCACGAUUCUGGGGGUUGGUGUAGUGGGGGUCCAUGAUAAAUAUCUGGGGCUUCCAACGCUGAUUGCUCGAUCCAAAACGGCUACUUUCAGAUAUUUGGAGGAAAAACUCCUAGAGCGGCUUCAGGGGUGGAAGCAAAGGACAUUGUCGUUGGCUGCUUAGGAAACUUUGAUUAAAUCCAUAGCAUUGACUCUUCCCCUUCAUGUCAUGUCAUGUUUCCGUCUUCCCCUGGCUCUUUGUCGUCUUUUAGAUAAGCAUGUGGCCGGUUUUUGGUGGGGUGCUGAGGACGGUAAUCCCAAGAUUAGAUGGGUGUCCUGGAGUAGUAUGUGCAGGAGUAAGCAUGAUGGGGGGAUGGGAUUCCGCCAGUUCAAGCAUUUCAAUCAAGCUCUUUUGGCUAAGAUAGGCUGGCGUAUUCUCAAUGAACCUCAAUCACUUAUUGCUCAGGUCUAUAAAGGCAAGUAUUUCCCUCAAAGAUCUUUCCUGACCGCGACGGCUAGGUCUCGUCCCUCUUGGGUGUGGCAAAGCAUCCUUCAUGGGCGUCAGUUAUUGGAGAGGGGUUUGAGAUGGCAGGUUGGUAAUGGACAAUCGGUCUCUCUCCUGCAUUCUAACUGGAUUCCUAGGUGCCAACUAGAUCCCCCAGGCUAUAAUCCGCGAAUCUUGCCAGAGGGGGGUGAUCCUUUGGUGGCAGAAUUAAUUAGUGAGGGGGGAGGGAGGUGGUCUGAUGAGAAGCUCAGUCAAUGGUUUGACCCGCCCACCUGUAAGGCUAUCAAAGCUAUCCCUCUUCCGCGUUGGGAUGUGCCGGAUAAGCUUAUAUGGCAUUUUACGGCUGAAGGGGUCUUCUCGUUUAAGUCGUCUUAUCAUCUGGCUGUCGAUUUGCACAGAAGGAGGGGUGGGUGGCGAUCCUCGGUUAGCUGGAUGGAUAAGCCGAGUUGGGUUAGAAUUUGGGAGGCGAAGAUCCCUCCGAAGUUGAAGGUUUUCCUUUGAAAAAUUCUUAAUCGGGCUCUGCCGACUAUGGAGGCGCUUAUUGAGAAAAAGGUCCAGGUGCGUCCUCGGUGCUCAAUCUGUUGGGAAGGCCCGGAGACGAUGGAACAUCUGUUCCUUUAUUGUCCGGUUGCGCGGGCUCUCUGGGAUUAUUCUGGGCUGGAGUACUUCGGGGAGGGUUUUCCUCGGCACACCUUUCCUUUGUUUCUCAAGCGUCUGUUGGGUUUGAUCCAUCAACCGUCAGUGAUUAUGGCUGUUGUUGCAAUUCUUUGGGAUCCCGGCGCUCAUGCGACAGUUUUACCAACAGUAUGAGGAAUGGGUGGGUCUUCCAGCGGACCAGGCGCCUAGGGUACAAAUCCCAAUAGUGCAGUCCACUGCUCAAGUGGGUGAUUCCCAGUUGGUUUACAUGUGGGACGGGGCUACUAAGGGUGGGUCUCAUUCGGCUGGUGGGAUGGUUCUUUUUGACCCAGCCCGGACACUCCUUCUGGCUAGAGGGAUCCAGUUUCCUCUCAAAUGGAUGAUCCUGUCGUGGUGGAAAUGCUUGUGUUUAGGGAAGCUAUUAUUUGGUGUGUAGAGCAAGGCUUGUCGGCGGUCCGAUUUGAGGGCGAUGCGAAGGUGAUUAUUGACAAAAUUAAUCAAGCCGACACAAGAGAUAGCCGGUUGGGUGCUAUUUUGGAAGAGAUUGUUCAUUAUUUUCGUACUCAGCCUGGUUUUAGUGUGCGUUUUGUAGGUCGAGAUAACAAUAGGGUAGCUCAUUUGGUAGCUAGGAAAGCCCUCUCUUUGUAUCCGACUAUGAGUCGCUUCUUUGAUUUCUAAACCUGGCUGGAUUCCAGGGUGUAACUGUCUAUGGUUUUGAUAAAUACAUGAUAUCUUUUGAAAAAAAAAAAAAAGUUUCGACACAAGCCUACAGAUGGAAAUGUUACCACAUCAUCCAGCCAUCAGAAUGAUCCAAGGCUACUGGAGGCUGCCACGUUGUCAACAAGCAAUGGGGCCCCUCGGCCCAAUUGAAAUAAGUUAACGAAUGGGAU